AUUGGCCAUUGACACCAACACCAAUCCACCAUUAGCAGAAGCAAUCCAAAAACACAUUGCACAUUAAGCUCAGGGAUACCAAGAAGCCGCAUCCAUGGACAUCUUGGGCGCCAACCGCACCUUUGAUGAGUACGACCCAGCCGUCGAGUGGAGCCGCGCCGCCGAGGCCGACGUCCUCAAGAUCUCACUCCCAGGGUUCAAGAGGGAGGAGAUACGGGUGCUGGUGGACAACAAAGGCCGCCUGCGGACGCGCGGGGAGCGGCCGGUGGCCGGCACCAGGUGGAUCCGCUUCCAGAAGGACGACCAGCUCCCCGCCAACUGCAACGCCGACGGCAUCCGCGCCAAGUUCCAGAACGAAACGCUCACCAUCACGCUCCCCAAGAAGACCCCCUCACCGCAGGCCGCCCCAGUGCCGGAGCCCACGAGGCCAGCUGCCACGACACCGCAGAAGCCACCGCCGGCGGUUCCUGAGCUGGUAAGGCCUGCGCUACCCCUGCCGCUGUUGACUCCUGCCCCUUCCCACCAUCAGCCCGCCGAGCGCAGGCCGUCGCUGCCUAUGAAGCCGCCGGGUCCCGCGCGGCUGCCCUCUGUGCCGAAACCGACGCCGGAGGUGGUACCCCAGAAGAAGUACAACGUCGGUGCUGCUGCAACCGCGAAGCCCGAGCCACCACCGGCCGCCGUCCCGAAGCCGAAGGAGCAGGAGCCGGUGCAAGAGGCCAAGAAGCCGUCGUUGGAGGAGGAGGAGAAGCGCACGGGGAAGGAGAAGGCCAAGGAAGAGGAGGAGGCAGUGAUGGAAGGGAUGCAGAUGGCGCGCCGGUCUAGGCCGAUCUCGGCGAGCCGCGGGCUGCUGGUGAACGUGGCGGUCGCGGUGGUGGUGCUCGCUGGGAUCACCGUCUACGUGUGGCACGCCCUGCGGAACGUCACCGGCGGCCCCGGCGCCGGCGAUCAUGGCCACGGGGAGCUGGGAACCGGGAGCUACGGCGAUGAGAUGUGAGCAACUUAAAGCUGCACGCUGGGUGUCUGAGGACUCGAGGUGUGGCGUGUCAGCGUGUACAUACAUAUAUACAUGGGAGGGGUACCUAUAUACGUCCUGUUUGUUAAUCAUCUGGUGUCACAGCUUAACCAGCUUAAAGACGGGGCAUUUGCUUGGUUGAUCAAUUUGUCAAAAUAAGAUGAUAAGCAAAUACUUUAUUA